AUGAUUGAAACUACUUUCAAAGAACAGCGCUGGAGAGCGAUGAUUGAAACUACUUUCAAAGAACAGCGCUGGAGAGCGAUGAUUGAAACUACUUUCAAAGAACAGCGCUGGAGAGCGAUGAUUGAAACUACUUUCAAAGAACAGCGCUGGAGAGCGAUGAUUGAAACUACUUUCAAAGAACAGCGCUGGAGAGCGAUGAUUGAAACUACUUUUAAAGAACAGCGCUGGAGAGCGAUGAUUGAAACUACUUUCAAAGAACAGCGCUGGAGAGCGAUGAUUGAAACUACUUUCAACGAACAGCGCUGGAGAGCGAUGCUUGAAACUACUUUCAAAGAACAGCGCUGGAGAGCGAUAUGUCAAACUACUUUCAAAGAACAGCACUGGAGAGCGAUGAUUGAAACUACUUUCAAAGAACAGCGCUGGAGAGCGAUGAUUGAAACUACUUUCAAAGAACAGCGCUGGAGAGCGAUGAUUGAAACUACUUUCAAAGAACAGCACUGGAGAGCGAUAUGUCAAACUAUUUUCAAAGAACAGCGCUGGAGAGCGAUGAUUGAAACUACUUUCAAAGAACAGCGCUGGAGAGCGAUGAUUGAAACUUCUUUCAAAGAACAGCGCUGGAGAGCGAUGAUUGAAACUACUUUCAAAGAACAGCACUGGAGAGCGAUGAUUGAAACUACUUUUAAAGAACAGCGCUGGAGAGCGAUGAUUGAAACUACUUUCAAAGAACAGCACUGGAGAGCGAUGAUUGAAACUACUUUCAUAGAACAGCACUGGAGAGCGAUGAUUGAAACUACUUUCAAAGAACAGCGCUGGAGAGCGAUGAUUGAAACUACUUUCAUAGAACAGCGCUGGAGAGCGAUGAUUGAAACUACUUUCAAAGAACAGCACUGGAGAGCGAUGAUUGAAACUACUUUCAAAGAACAGCGCUGGAGAGCGAUGAUUGAAACUACUUUCAAAGAACAGCGCCGGAGAGUGAUAUUUGGAACUACUUUCAAAGAACAGCGCUGGAGAGAGAUAUUUGAAACUACUCUCAAAGAACAGCACCGGAGAGUAAUAUUUUAA